GGCGGGGGCUGGGUGAGAUGUGUGCUCUGCGCUGAGGUGGGUUUGUACGGGAGUCCCAUUUGGGAGCAAGAGCCAUCUACUCGUCCGUUACCGGCCUUCCCACCAUGGAUUGCCAAGAAAAUGAGUACUGGGACCAAUGGGGACGGUGUGUCACCUGCCAACAGUGUGGUCCUGGACAGGAGCUAUCCAAGGUGCCUUCCAGUUGAGCUUAGUGGAGGCAGAUGCACCCACAGUGCCCCCUCAGGAGGCCACACUUGUUGCACUGGUGAGCAGCCUGCUAGUGGUGUUUACCCUGGCCUUCCUGGGGCUCUUCUUCCUCUACUGCAAGCAGUUCUUCAACAGACAUUGCCAGCGUGUUGCAGGAGGUUUGCUGCAGUUUGAGGAUGAUAAAACAGCAAAGGAGGAAUCUCUCUUCCCCGUGCCACCCAGCAAGGAGACCAGUCCUGAGUCCCAAGUCUCUUGGGCUCCCGGCAGGCUUGCCCAGUGGUUCUCUCUGGACUCUGUUCCUAUACCACAACAGCAGCAGGGGGCCUGAAAUAUGGUGUCCACAAGAGCUAAUACUCUACAGUUGGGGCAUAUCCUAUCCCAUCCCACCAGAGGAUUGAUUCUCCAUUUCACCAGGACUGAUCUGGAGCACUUCUUGCUUCCCUGUUGUAGUCUGGGGAGCCAGAUUCCACAUUCAUGGGACUACCAGACAUGUUCCUAGCUCAACUUGAUUAUAGAGAAGAGGAGAGAGGACAGUGAAUGGGGUAGGGUUUUCAUGGCUGCAUUUUUGGUCAGGUAAGCCUCUCAAAAUUGUGUUGGCACAUCUGCCUAGCACUUUAGGGACAAAAUCAAACCCUUCUCCCCUUUUAGCUCCUCCACACUGCCUCCCUCCUCAACACACACACACACACACACACACACACAUAUACAUAGACACACACACACACACACACACAUAUUAAUAUCUAUCUUGGGGGAGGCCUGGUGCCAUAAUUCCCAAGUUCAUGUCUCAGACUGCUUGCUGCGUUGCAGCAUGAGGCAGGGCAAACACUUUCCCUCUAGAUCCCUGGGGCCUCACCGUGUAUUUGAGGUGCUCACCACCCUCAGCAGGGAGAAGGGCUGAAGUUUGCCAUUUUGGAACCUUUCUGAGCCAAAGUAAUCUUCCUGCUGGGGCCUGGGUUCCCCAAACUACCCCCCAGCAGUCCCUCAAAGACAGCCCUCAAUCCAUUUAGGGACAUCUGAGUAUGACUCUUUAUAUUGAAAUGUCAAUUCAAUCCCAGCUCUCUCACCACUGUUCCCCUUUGAUUCUUUCUCAAUUGUCUUUUUGCCUUUAGCUCCCACCUAUACAUCUCAUGCUCAGAGAAAAACAAGUUCCUUGGAGGUUGUAUUCUUUAUUAUCUGAGAAUCUGUCUGAAACUUGUACAGCUAGUUCCUGUCCCACAAGUAUUAAGUGGUUUAUUAAGUACAUUAGGCAGAAUGUGCACUUCAUCACCAGGUUCUAGCUCUGGCAAAGGAGUGCUGUCUACAGCAAGAUUUUUGCUUUUAGAAUUUUAUUAAAUACAUCUUUUGGGUUUGUCCAUCUACAAACACUGAUUAAGGGCCCCUGGGGCAACCAAUUGAUCAGAUUACUAAAAGCACUUGGGAAAAAGCAAAAAGGUCCCAUUGUACUGGACUGAGGAUUAAAAGCAAUUGAAAUACAAGCCUGUACCAAGCAAGCAGCCUGGCCCCACAUAGGUAUUAGCAAAUACGUGGUAACCACUGUUUCAGGCCUUGGCCUUUAGGUUUCCUGUUUGUUUUUGUUUUUGUUUUUCUGCAACAGGUUAUUCUUAUCUCACUGGCUUUCACUGAUCAUGUGUAUACCUUCUGGUAGAAGAAAUAAUAUCCAGACAGGGGAUGAUUCGGCUUGAGCAGGCUGCAGGUGUUCAAAGGUUGCCAUGUGGCUGGCUGUGGUUCAAGCCCGCAUUUAACACUGCUGCUCUAGAGGAAAGAUAAUGAUUGUAACACAGUAAUAAUAAUAAUAAUAAUAACAAAAAUAUGAUAAAGUGACAGAGUAAGCCUUCUUCAGUGUGCUUGCUCAUGGCAUGAAUGUUAUGUGGACAGCCCAAGCCAUACCAGAAUCACCUUAAUUCCAACUUUUUGAGGUUCAGCAACUGGAGGUGGCAAUUUGCUUUGCAUUUUAAGGUAUUUCGGGUAAAGGUGAAGUGAAGGAUAUUUGUCUUUAUAAUUUCUGUUUGGCCAUGGCAAAUAUCAUGGUUGAGUAUUUGCUUCAGGAGGGUUCUUUUUACGGUUUUACUUUUCAAUGCUGAGGCAUAUUUCUUUGAGCACUGUGCUUUUAUGUGUCUUUCUACAGAGGGGUUCUUGGUCAGUGGAAGAACAACGUACACUUGAUAGAAAUAUUUUCAACAUACAUUGAGCCUAAACAGUAGUUAAGUUGUCUCUAAAUUAACUAGCAAAAAGAAAAAAUGUAGUUUUUGUUUGUAAGGAAGGGGAGGUAUUUCCUGAGAAUGAAUUUUUUUUUUUUUUUUUUUUUGGAUUACUGUUUUUCUCUCCAUAUACCUUGACUUGGAUUUUGACAGGAGGGAGUCUGGGAAAAUAACUUUUUCAUCCAAGAUUCUCAGAUCCAGGCUAGGAAAGGAUUCAGCACUACAGCGUACCCCUCUACAACAUACAGCCCUGUCACACUGAGAUCAUAAUCCCUCCUGUCCCACUCCUCUCUACGAACCCCACCUUACUAGCUAGGUCUUCAGUGUUUUACAUUGAAUAUUGGUACAUUUUAAUUAUUUUUUUCUCAUAAAUGGGUUAUUUAUAGAGAUUUUGUUAACUCUCGAGCCAUAUGCAUGUGUACAUACUGGCAGGGCUAUGUUUGUUUAUGAUGCUCUGCAAACAUUUCAUAUUGGCCAAUAAACAGAAAUAUAUCCAAAAACCUUGUUUAUUCCUCUACUUUCAGAGAACCUGGUGAAUCAUUUUGCUCGUGUGUCUUUUCUCAGUGAGCACAGCAAAAAAUGUGUUUCUGAUCAUUGGACAUGGCAUCAGUAGUGAUGGGAUUCACUGACUUGUCACACAGGAGAUCUGGGUUAUAGUUCAAGCUCUCUUUCUUUUUCUAAAAUUGUUUAUGCCAUUUAUAUUCUCCUCUGAGAUAAGGAUCUACUAGAAACUGUUGUGUUCUAAACUAAUACUUAUCAAACAGGGUUCCAUGGUCCUAAGGGAACUGUGCACGUCUUCUGAGGUCUGCAAAAUCUUUAGGAAUUUAAGUGUGUGUGUGUGUUUUCAUUUUCAUUGUAAUGUCUUAAAAUACAAGCAUAUUCUAGCUAGACCUGUUAGGAGUACUGCCUUGCCAUUUCAGGGUCUGUAUUUAUGUUGAUAAUCUUACCAGGUUAAAGAGACCACCUAAAGAGACACUAUUUAAUUUUGAAUGCUAUACUUUACUAUAAUUUAAGAGGCAGGAAAAUCAAAUCUCCUUCCAUCUUUAAUAUUCUAUAAUCUUGACAACAACACAUGUUGGCAAGGAUGUGGAGAAAUGACAAGUCUCAUAUAUUGCUGGUAGAAUUACAAAAUGGUAUAGCCACUUUUGAAAACAGUCUGGCAGUUUCUCUAAAAGCUAAAGCUAGAGUAUGAUCCAGUAAUAUCACUCCUAGAUAUAUACUCAAUAUAAUUAAAAACAUAUGUACACACAAUACUUGUAUACAAAUAUAGAAACAUUAUUUAUAUCCAAAAAGUGGAAACAACCCAAAUGUCCAUCAACUGAUGAAUAGAUAAAAAGUUGUGGUAUAUACAUAUAAUAGAAUACUAUUCAUUAAUAAAAAAUAUUGAACUUCUGACACAUGAUACAUUGUAGAUGAACCUUAAAUCAUGUCAAGUAAAAUAAGCCAGAUACAAGAGACCACAUAUUGUAUGAUUCCAUCUGUAUAAAAUGUCCAUAAAAAGCAUGCUAAUCAAGACAAAAUGUAGAUUAAUGGUUGCCUUGGAAUGGGCGUGAGAAAAACAAUUAAAUGUUAAUAGGCAUGAUGGAUCUUAUUUAAAGGAUAAAGAUGUUCUAAGAUUUAGUUAUGGUGAUGUCUGCCCCACUCAAUAAAGUUAACAAAAAUCAUUGACUUGUAUACAUGAAAUUAUGAAUGAAUUUUAUAAUAUGUAGAAUAUUCCUCAAUAAAGCUGUUUUAAAAAAUA